AGGGAAGAUACAAGUGGCAAGGGGAUUUACCUUUUUUCGGCUAUUAUUUAAAUUUCUGUUUCACGUGGUCUUUGCGAUAUAUAUUAAACGUCUAAUACAAUCUAGUACGUAAAUGGCUGUUUGGAUAGUCCUCCUUCUACCAGUUCUGCUACAUUGUAAUGCAGAGAUAUCGCAUUCAGAGAAUGGGCCUCAUUUGGUGGAACGAGGAGUUGGUGAUCCAAACUGUUACCACAAAUGUCCAGGAGGAGAUAGAAAAUGCAGUUUCUCGGCCACGAUCGGAUUUCAUUGUAUCUGUAGUCAGGGAUGGACAGGAAGAUACUGCAAUGUUCCAGACUGUUCAUUCAGUGGUUACUGUGUCAAUGGCGGGACUUGCAGUUUGAGUAACGGCGGCUUCAGCUACACCUGCAACUGUGUGGACGGAUGGACAGGAUCGAACUGUGAAAUAAGAGACUGUUCGUACAAUGGCUACUGUGCCAAUAACGGUAGCUGCAGUUUGAGUAACGACGGCUCCAGAUACACCUGCAACUGUGCUGACGGAUGGACGGGAUCGAACUGUGAAAUAAGAGGUGUAGAUGGCAUCGAAAGGCUUCCUUAUGAGACAGAAUAAGCUCCUCGAGGAAAUCCUUCGCCAACAGAAACUUUCAAACGAUUUGAUGAUUAACUUCUUUAAUACUACAAAGAUAUAAACAUUAUUUUCAAGAUUCGGUAAUUAUUACAUUAAGCUUUUUUUCUCACAUGUCCUCAAAUAUGCAACGAUAACGCUGUUUCAAAAUAAAUGCUAGAAUGUCGAAAAAACAUGUUACGUUAUUACAGGAAGAUUUCUAGACAAUCUGAAAAUUAAAUCAAUGUGGAAUAAAUAACAUCUGCAUAAUGCCAAGUGUCCAAUACAACUGAAGUUACAAGUAGAACAACUUCUUUUAGUUCAAACUUCAUUUUCAGAAAAUGUUGCUUUUAAAUGUAUACAUAUACUUGUUUAAGACUACAUCACAUACGUUUUAUGACAUGUAUGUUAGAUUUACAUAAAUUGUGUUCUGUUACAAUUGCCAGUAAAAAAGAUAUGUAUAACCAUUUAAAAUAUGUAUGUAUUGAAAUUGGGAAUGUGUUUAACAACGGCUAGUGCACAAUGUUUUAUAUUAUGUUCAGUUGGUUUGUAGCUUAACUCUUUGAAGAGUUUAUAAUAGCCAUUUAUCUUCAUAUAUACUCUGUUGGAAAAGAAAGUUUUCACUUA